GGGCUUUGUAAUCAAGCGGCGAAGAAAAAUUAGAAACGGGUUGUUGUUAGUAUAGAAACUUUGAGGCGAAUAGCAGCACUGAGGCACACAAGCAGAACCUGGCUUGGGCAGACUUCAAAUAGAAUCGCAAUUAUAAUUAUUCGGGCUGUUUUCCUCAGUCGCCAACUAUCCAUUUCAAAGUGCAUGUGCGGGGGCGUGUCAGCGUGAGAUAGUGUGCAGUGAAUAAAUAUAUGCAAAUAUGAAUAUGAGCAAUUUAUCUGUUGACGGCGAGUUCCGUUAUAUUAUUCAAUGGUUUAACGAAUGGAGUGAGCUGCAGCGCGAUGAUUUUGUCUAUGUGUUGGUAGAGUAUCUCACCAGAGACACGUCCGUGAGUGCAGGCGGAGAUGGACAUGCUAGCAGUACCUAUGUAAAUGGCGUCGUCAAUGCCCUGGCCACGUCGGGUGUACAGGAAAAACCCAUGAGUCUUUUUCAAUGCCGUAUUAAACUGUUUCGUCAAUGGAGUCCCAAAUGGCCGAUCGAGUUCAAAAGUAAACUGCAAGAGAAAAUCACCGAAUUGGACCCAAAAGUGGGAGAAAAAAUCAUCAAUGAACUGAAGACUUCACACUCUAUGCACAAUGGUGAUGUAUCUGUGAAUUUAAAUGUAAAUGGAACUAGCGGCAACGGGUACGCUGAAUUGGAGCAAACGACUGCAGACCCAGAAACGUUGCCAAGUACAAUAGAAACGCAGGCGGCAGCAGCAGUUGCAACAACAACAACAACAACGGCAGCAGAUGCAACAAACGGUGUCAGCGAUCAGACUUUAGAGACAGUUAACGAUAACCACUUGGCAGCGGUGUUGCGUCAAGAAACGCCAGUUGAUGAUGAUGAUGACCAGCUCGUUGGCAAUGAUAGCAAUGCUGAUACUAAUGGCAUUCGUGGGACGUCGUCAUCAGUGACAACAAUUGCGGUGAAUACGUCCCCAGCAGAGCAGUUGCCGUUGCAGUCACAACAGCAGCAGCAUCAGCAGCAAUCGCAGCCGACUAUCGAACCUGUAGAACAGGUCGAGAAUAACGUUUCAGCCAGUGUCAUUGUCUCUGUAGCUGCUGCGCCCGAGGUAGUCCCGGUGGCAUAAAUACACGAAGAGCAAGCGAGAAAGGAGAAAAAAA